AUGAACAAUCUGUGGACCCAGACAUGGGACGUCUCUCGAAGCUUCGCGCCUCCAUCCAAUCGGGGGGCUUCUGGAGGAGCAGGAGCAUCAGCUGUCGCGCCGGCAGGCCCGGAUUUCACGGCGUUUAACGCAGAGGUGGCGGCGAUUGAGGAGGAGAUCAAGAAGGCGAACAAUGACGUCAGCGAUGUGCGUAACGCCCACAAGCUGAUGUCACAGGAGGCGCGCGCGGAGAGGCUCGAGGAGCUCAAGAAAGACGCGGCGCGGUCGUCGGCGAAGGCCAAGAAUCGCACGAAGAAGAUUAAGGAGAUGCUGGAGGAGCUGAAGCUGAACAACGAGGCGAAUCGCAUGCGGCCCGGAAGCGGCCCGAGAACCGCGGAGGAUCGCCACCGGACGAAUAUUACCGUUGGAUUGGCGGAGCGCCUGCGCGAACUUCACCAGCUGGUGUUGGUGGUCGAAGGGGAGAUUAAGAACGAGAGCCGGAAGAAAUUACAGCGACAUUUGUUCAUGGUGACGGGGAAACCGGCGACCGACGAGAUGCUGGAUGAGAUUCUCGAGCACGGGCAGAGCGAGGAUGUGUUGAAAAAGGCGGUGCAAAUGCAAGGCCGCGACGCGAAUAUUAACGAAGACCAGCUGCGAGACGCCGUCGUGGAUAUUGACGCGAAGAUGGACGUCGUGUUACAGGUUACCAAGGAAAUGGUGGAGCUGCAGGAAAUGUUUUUGGAUAUGGCGGUUAUGGUGGAGGCGCAGGGAGAGUAUCUGAAUCAAAUCGAGGUUCAUGUGGGGGAUGCGAACACCCCUCCCCUCAACUCCGCUCCCCUUCACUCCGCCAUGACUCCCCUUUCCUCCUUGUCCCCCCUGUUUCCGCCCCUCUGCAUUGCAUAUCUUCGUGCCGCGCUUCGUGCAGGUGGUGGUGGAGGUGCCCAAGGGCAGCAACUCUUUCUCUCCCUUCUACGUGCUAUAUUCGUACCGCACUUCGUGCAGGUGGUGGUGGAGGUGCCCAAGGGCAGCUUCAUCUUCGUGCCUCGCUUCGUGCAGGUGGUGGUGGAGGUACCCAAGGGCAGCUUCGUCAAGCGCCACCCGGACGGCGCCAUUGACUACGUUGACUGUGUGCCCUGCCCCUUCAACUACGGCUCCGUGCCCUCCAUCCUCGCACUCGACGUGGUGUUGGGACCCUCCCUGCCGUACGGCCACACGGGCACAUGGCCGGUGCACACCACACCACCCCUUCCUUCCCCACCCGGUCUGCUCUCCCCAUCUCUUGCCCCUCGGCUUCUCCCCUCCCAACCUACCCCGUUCAGGCGAUCCGCUGGAUGCAGUGGUGUUGGGGCCGUCCCUGCCAUACGGCCACACGGGCACAUGGCAGCUGCACGCCACCCUUCCUUACCCUUUCCCCUUCCUCUCCCCAUCUCCCCUCCCAACCUACCCCAUGCAGGCGACCCAUUGGAUGCAGUGGUGUUGGGACCCGCCCUGCCGUACGGCCACACGGGCACGUGGCAGGUGCAUGCCAUGCUGCGGUUCAUCGACGGUGGGCCGUUGGCUUCUGAACGAGCAGACGCAGCGCAUUUUCCCUCCCUCUCUCGCCCCACGCCUGCUGGUAACCCUUUAUCCUCGCUACAAGCAUCCUCGCCAGAUCUACCGCAAGCCAGUCCACCCAUCAUCAGCUCACAAGAGAGCGAAACCCCUGCUCUCCAGUCUUCCGCUGCUGACUCGUCCGUCUCCCCCUCUUCCUCCUUCCGCUCCUCCUCCUCCUCCUCCUCCUCCUCCCCAAACCCAUCGUUCCUGCCUGAAGCAGUCAUAGCAGCAGCUGCAAGUACUGCGAGCAGCCUCUUACCAUCCUCUCCCCUUGCCCAUCCCCAUCCUCAGUCUAAAUACCCUCGAUCCGAACCCCCUCCAUCCUCCAUACUUCCCCUGUCCCCAGCUCAACCCCAUCACAAGUCCCAUUCUGUUGCAGGCUCUUCCACCACCGUACCUCACCCCACCGCACUCUUUUCCACCUCUGCUCCUCAAAGAACAAGUCUGGGGGGAGACGAAUCGGCAGCUAAACACAUAGCACUGUCAGCAGCAGCAGGAAGAGGAGGAAAGGACAGGAGGGAGAAUAGGGAAGGGAGUGGUAGUGAAGAGGCGGUUUUGCUACAAGUGGUAAGGGAGCGGGCGAGGCGAAAGGGUCUGGCAAAGCUGUUUCCGGUGGAAGGGGAGGAGGGUUUGUUAAACAAGAUCUCCCGUGUAGGUCGGGAGGUGGAGAGGUGUGCAGUUGGGAAAUUUGAGGGUCUGAUAGGUGCAGCCAAGGGAACGAAAGGUACUGAGGGUGAUCAGGGAGAAAGGAGGGAGGAAGACAAGGAUAGUGGAGGACAGGAGGAAGAGGAGGCUCUACGGGUGUUGGAACGGCCAUUGCAAGUGCAACCGUUGCAGCCGUUGAAAGCACUGCAGGUGUUGAGAGCGGUGCGAUCAGGUUCACGUGCCAGCCGUUCUGUUCCAUCCGAUGCGCAACAUUCUGCCUCAGUUCCUGCUGCUGCUGCUGCUGCUGAUGAUGAUAUGGUGUCAGUGGAGCUUUCUUUGAGGCAGUACCUCCUGCUGACUGCCUUUUUCAGAACCUAUUCGGUGUUCAAGUCGGUUAUCAAUGCCGUUAGGGGAAUCAAAGGACAGACCUACUUUGAUGGAUGGGAGGUGGCUAGGUGA